UGCAGCCGGGCUGCACCUCGGAGCGAGCGGUUCCAAUCUCGCAUCGCUGCUCAGAAACUCAAGCGAUCAACUAUCAAUCGGUUCGCGCUGUUUCGCCGCAUCGAUUCCUCAAACUUGCCACCUUGGGUGGUGCACUGGCUGCAAGCUGCCCUCAAGGGCGCAUCAAUGGAUGACGCGCUAGCUGCCGCGGCCGCGCCUCUCGGCGGGAGCUGGGUGCCUCCGCCAGUAAAACGGAAAGCAAAAAAACACAAGAAAGCAGGCAAAAAACGGCGGCGCGACGAUGUAGACGGCUCAUGCAUCGCCGCGCGCGCGCUCGCCGGCGGGUUCGUGCGCAUUUCUGGACUCCUGCCACCGGAGGCGGCCGCUGCCGCCGCGGACCUCGUCAGGCAAGCGCCAGAGGAGGCCUGGCGCCGCUCGUCGGCCAAGACAGACGCAAAGGCCCACGGCAAAAAAACGAAUACGACGCGGCACAGCUACGCCGUCGGCGACGGAGGCGUCGACGCGCCGGACGCCGACGUCGAGGCGCUAAUACAGAGCGUGCUCGAGAGCGUGGCCCCGAGCGAGUGGCUGCGGGCGCGUCGGCUAGUCCCGCGGCUGCAGCUCGGGCGCUACGGCCGAGGCGACCACAUCGUCAAACACGACGACGCCGCCGUAGUUGAGAUAGACGGCGUGCCGCACGAGCGCCGAAUAGCGCUCGUGUACUACCUGACGGGCGAGCCGACCUGGGACGCCUCGCUCGGCGGGCUCUUCGUGGACCACGCGACGGGUCGGCGCCUCGCGCCGGUCCACAACACGCUCGUCGCGUUUCGCGUGAGAGCUGUGUGGAAGUCAACCAGUGAGUUAGAUUAUCCUGAGAAAUAUUGCGUGGACCUUUGUGACGCUCCACGCCAUCGAGCCGACGCGAUCGGCGACAACGUCGCGUCGAUGGCCUGGAAACUUCACGCCAUCGAGCAGACGGAGCUACGGAGAAAAUAUCGCGCCGAUGGCGUGGGGCGCCCGAAAUUUGAUUUCCACACAGGUGCCGCGCCUCCACGAGGUCACGAAAGUGACGGGAGACCGGUCGCGCUACUCCAUCUUCGGGUGGCUCUACGCGCCGCGUAG